AUGAAGCAUUGUGUUUUGACGCCACGUGACGUGGCGUCCCCGCUAGCUCAAUGGACUGCACUGACGCUGACUGACCCUUUUUCGGGUAUGCGAAGACCUCAAGCCAACUACGCGCCGAUUGAAUUGGCGCGACCAAUUGAUGACAUGGCUGUGUCAGAGAAAAAAAUUCAACGUCAAGCCAUCACGAGGUUUGUACGCGAUACUGUUCGAUCUGCAGUGGAUAAACAGAAAGGUAAUGCAGGCAAACGUGGCAGAAAGAACACGAGUGCAUUCAAGAAGGGUGAUCGUGUAUUGUUAUCUACUGAAGGCCUACGAGAUUCAGCAGUAAUCAAUCUCGGCGCGAGCAAACUAGCGCCACGUUUCAUCGGACCAUUCACGGUACUACAGGCGAUCGGUGACGCAUACGAGCUGGACAUCCCUUCGUCACUACGACUUCACCCCACGUUUUACGUUUGGCGGCUCAAGGAGUAUCGUCCAUCUACGCUUCACGGGUUGGCUCCGCCCUCGGAUUCAAAGCAUCAUAGGUCAACCUUCCCUCUCGCCUUGCUCGACGCGACAGCGACAUCAGACGCGGCUGCGUCCCAGCCUGCGCGUGCCUAA